AUGUCUGACUUGGAACAAUUUGAUAAGAUAUUGGAGGAGAUCAGAGUCCUUAAGGCCCCUGGGGUUUCCGGGUCACGUAUCAAGAAGUUGACGGAAAUCGCCAUCAAGAAUAUUAAUAUGGAAUCACAAAUUGUCGAAAAAGUCACCAGAUUUUGUAAAGACAUUCCUGCGUCGCAUAAAGUUGGUGGGCUUUAUAUUAUUGAUUCGAUUGCCAGAGCGUUCCAAGGCCAAGCUCGUAAAGUAGACGAUCAACGUAUUAACUAUGAUAACUUGAGCUACAUGACGAUAACUAACGGGACCUAUAUUUCAGGGUUGUUGGCGUUCAACAACAACAUUGAAAGUAUUUUGGAUGCUUGUUUAAGUAAUAUGGAAGGUAACAACCAAAAGGAAAAGACUCAGAAAUUAGUAGAAAUUUGGUCGAAAGCGUCUACUUUUGAUAAAAAAGUUUUGGAUAAGAUUCGUAACCGUUUCUUUGAUGCUAGUAAUGGUCCAGCGAAUACCAAUGAUGCAUCAUCAAUUUUGAAAUCAUUAGCAUCUUUGGCUGCGCCAAAUCCUUCCCAACAAUCAGCUGCUCCAGCUCCAGCUCCUCCUAUGAACCCACCAGCCAAUGCUGCCGGGUCUUUCAAUAAUAAUGGUCCAAUGGAUACCAAUAAUGGCCAAGGUGGAGCGGCUCCUCCUGAUCCAAAUGCGAUUUUCCAAAUGUUGCAACAAAUGCAACAUCAAAACCCAAAUGGUAUGCCUCCACAAGCUUCUAAUGCUGCUGGUGGUGGUGGUGCUCAUCAUCAUCCUCCUGCUGGUGGUGCUCCACAAAACAAUUAUCGUGGUAGACAAGGAUACGGCGGUAAUAGUUAUAACGGGGACUCCCAAUACGGUGAUAACGGUGGCAAUUAUGGCGGUAAUGGCGGUUAUGGAAAUUACGGUAAUGGCGAUAACAACAAUGGCUACGGUAGUAAUAAUAAUUAUCAUAAUAAUAAUAACGGUUAUGGAGGUAAUAAUCAUAACAACAAUAACUAUGGUAAUGGUGGAAAUGAUUAUGGUAACAACAAUGAUUAUGGUAACAGCCAUGGCUACGGUAACAAUAAUAGUAAUGGGUAUAGCAACAAUUACAACAACAAUAGCUAUGGUGGUAAUCAUAACAACAACGAUAAUCAUGGUUACGGAAAUGGCUAUGGAAACAACUACAAUAACCAUGGUAGUGCUAACAACAGUUAUAAUGAAAAUACUGGUUAUAACAGUUAUGACUCUCGUGGGGGUCGUGGUGGCCGCGGAGGUCGUGGUGGCAGAGGAGGCCGUGGAGGUGCCAUGGGUGGUAAUAAUAUGAGAUCGAGAUCGAGAUCCCCUGGAAGAUCUGAUGGGAACUUUGAUGAAAGAAGAUCCAUGAGACAACAAAAGAUCAAUACUGCUGAAGCAGCGUUGUUGAAUCCAGGCGAACAAAAUAUUCCAGGAACUUUACAUUACAGAGAAAGACACGUUGGAUUCGACUCGAGCUUGCCUACUGGGUCAUUUAAGGUGAUGAGUAGAACGAUUUUCAUUGGUGGGAUCACCAAUGGGAUGGACGAGCGUGGAUUGGCGGCGAUUUUGAGACCGUACGCCGAAGUGCAGAGUGUGAUUUUGAACGUUCCAAAGAAACACGCUUUUGUCAAGGUGUUUAGCCGUGAUGAAGCGGUGAAUAUCAUUUCGUCGUUUGGUAGAAACAGUUCUCAAUAUAAUUUACGUCUUAGAUGGGGGGUUGGUUUUGGACCAAGAGAAUGUUGUGAUUAUCAGCACGGGAUUAGUAUUAUUCCAAUUGCGAGAUUGACCGAUGCCGAUAAAAGGUGGGUGACAUCUGCUCAAUGGGGUGGUACUGGUGGUGCGGAGUUAGUUCCAGGAAUGGUGGUUGAUGAACCAGAUAUUGAAAUUGGUAGAGGGGUGUCGUCUAAAGCGAUUUCCAAGAAGAUGCCAACGGAUAGUAGUAGAAAUGGACCAAGAUCUACCAAGCCUGGUGAGCCAGAUGAUAUGUACACCGAUCCAUUGAACCAACCACAACAAGCGAUGCAAGCGAUUCCAAAAGAAGCCAAUCCAUUGGCGAAUUUGUUUGGUGGUGGACCAGCGGCCACUUCGAGUAUGAACGAAAAUGCCAAUGCAAACCCCUUGGCUGCUUUGGCGGCGCUUGGUGGUGGUGGUGGCAUUCCUCCAGCUCCAGCUCAUGGAUCUUCUCAACCUCCAGUUGGUGCCCAAGCACAGCACUCAUAUGGCGGAGGCGAUCAUAAUGGAGGGGGGAGCAGCAAUAAUAAUAAUACUGCUGCGGUGGCGGCGUUAUUGGGGUCGAUUCCAGGGUUGGGUGGUAAUCAAGGGUUGAAUAGUUUGUUACAACAGAGUAAUAAUAACAAUAAUAAUAAUAACGAUGGUAAUUAG